AAGUUUUGUGUCCCCUCUGACAUCUUUCCUGCCACUGUGGCUUCACUCAGAGCAUGAGUGAUUAUUUUGCUGGUUUGUAGCUUUAAUCAUUAUUCUGCUGCAGGUAGAGUCUGUGGUUGAGCUCAACCUCAUGGCUCGUUCAUUCAGGCUCUCCUGGCUUUGCACUCUGUUGUGGAGCUGCUUGUGCUUUCCUCCUGAAGAAGGUUACAGUAGUGCACAUGGCUACUAUCUCUAUGAGAGCCCGCAAACCUCUAGCAGAUUUCAUUCUGGACAGUCUUUGAAUACAAACAAUGAGAAUGUUGGACGGCAAAGCUUUGUUUCCCGUCAGCCAGAAGCAUUUACUUAUGAUAAAGGACAGGAUGCUACCCCUGAGAUGAAGCAAAGCCAGCCUGAUAAGUUUCACGGGGCCUCUUCUGCUCCUCUUAUAGAGCAAAAUGAGCAGUCUGGUUAUCACCAUCCCUUUGACCUUUUAGUGAGGGGAAACACGCAGGAGCCUGUGAAGGGUGUCGCUUUCCCCACAAUGAGUCAUUUAAAGGAGUUUAUAGAAAACAUGAAGCAUUCCUUCUUAGUACCAGGAAGUGACUUGAGUAGACAUUUUGAAACUGCACGGGAAAAAAUGAAAACUCUCGGAACAUCCAUGGACUAUAGACCAUCUCCUGAAAAAGGAGGCACUGCCUCUGGUGACAGCAAGAAAAAUAACGAUCGGAUUGAAGAAGAUGCCAACUACCAAAUGCCAAAUAAACUCCUCUCUUUCCCUGAUCCUGUCGACUCCUCUGCAAGUCUCAUUUCUUCCAGUGUUUAUGACAACCAAAAAUUUAGGCCGGGCACCACUUUCUACCCACACGAUCAUUUAGCAGCCACAGGUCUUGCUUCAAGAAAUUUGGCACACGGUUUUCCCUGGGGAAACAAUGACUUAUCUGUGAGUGUGGAUUCAGAACAAUACAAACCACCAAAAAAAACAAAAUUUCCCUCCAGCUCCUUUCACAGGCAGGGUUCUUCCUAUAGUGAACAUGUGACUGCACCCCCUGUGAACUCUGCAAACAGCCCAUCUCAAGAUUUCAGCCAGUAUUCAAGUGAGACCUCAAAUUUAACACCUUAUUGGAAGGAUAUGCUAAAUCCAGUACAUGUCUCUCAAAGUAGAGAUCCUUUAAUGAGGUACUGGAGACCACCCAGUGGCUUUGAACUCACUAAAGACUUCCACAGAGCAAGUCAAACUGAUGUCCCAUCUGCAAAAAUCCUACCAUCUGUAUAUUCCUAUGGUAAAAAGCAUCACCCCUCCAUGCAGCAUUAUUGGCCCAAAUACAAGACAAGAAUAGGUGCUUCAGUCCAGGCACGUCAACCUACUGAGAGCAAAGAGUUGAGGACUGUAAAAUAUGCUCCCAACGUCCACUGGCCUCCAUCAAGUGGUUCUGUCUCUUUAAGCUUUAAUGACCCCUUACCCCAGUGGAGAAGAGGUCACAUGGGUUAUCAAAGCAGCCCACAAUACCCGCAAAUUCCUCAUUAUAAGCAAAAACAGAUGGACAGAGCUCACUGGAUGUUUACCGCCAAACCCUUGAAUUUUGUUCCCGGAUACCAGAAAGUCAGUGCUGUUCCCUUCGUCCUAAAUGCCCAUGCAAAACAUGAGAAUUCAAACCUCUACAAUCAAAAACUCCUAUCUACCUUUCAGAAACCGCAUUACAAUAGAUUGAGAAAUCCACCCCAGAGUGGGCUCGCAUCUUAUGGAGUAAGAAACACACUGGGCUCAUUUUCUAAACCACAGAGGCAAACUGUGAGGUCUGAACGUUUACAGCCUUUCAUGCAACCAAACAGGCACAUGCCUCGAGCCAGUGUGAGUAGACGGCCCAGACACUUGGCCAACUGGCCUUCUGAACAGCAGCCUAAACCUACAGGUUUGAUGCCUAAGUGUGUUAUUAAGAGGAACACAAAAAGCCUUCCUCCUCAAGAGUCCCGUAACACAUCUCCAUCAUCUCUAAAUCCAUACGUUAAAUCUAAAAACCGCUUCACACGGGCCGUAGCAUAUCUGUCAAAGGUCUGUUUCACACCCCGUAUGGUGCAAGGGAAGAAUAAUAACAAUCAGUGGAGACUGGUAAGAAGAUGGCGUGAAUGAAAGGACAUGACAAGUCAGUGUGCAGGACCGGGAAGAAUGAUGAACAUGUUUUUGAAGAUGGCCACACAACAACAUCUGCCUUGAGGUGCUUUACACUGUAACAUUAAGACCCUGCAAUAAUACAGAGAAAACCCCAACAAUCAGACGACCACAUUUUGAGCGAGCGUUUGGAGACAGUGGAAAGGGAAAAACUCCCUUUAAACAGGAAGAAACCUCCAGCAGAACCGGUCUCAGGGAGGGGUGGCCAUCUGCUCCAACUGGGGGUGAGAGAGGGAAGACGGGACAAAAGACACGCUGUGGGAGACAGCCAGAGAUAGAUAAAUAAUAAUUAAAUGCAAAAUGGUGUAUAAACACAGUGAAUGAAGAAGUGCAGCCUAGGCCUGUUGCAGUGCAACUAAGGGAGGAUUCAGAGUCACCUGAUCAGGCCCUAACUAUAUGCUUUAUCAAUAAAGAAAGUUUUAAUCCUAAUCUUAACAGUAGACGGUGUGUCUGUCUCUUGAAUAUAAACUCAGAGCUGGCUCCACAGAUGAGGGAGCUUUUUAUUUACCUGAAGGCUUGAUUUCAUAAGCAUAUUGACCACUAAUACUAAAACUACUGUUGCAGACUUUCUCUUAGAUAUUGCAAAGUUUCUCCAGGAUCACGUGAGCCGGUUCAGCUUCACAAUAUAAGACGUUGGAUGUAAAAUGCAUUAAAGUAGUGCAGGUGACUCUGAUCGUGAAAUCGAGCUUUUAGGUCCACAGAAGCUCUUUUAAGAUUUUUUUUAUUAUUAUUAUUUAUUUAUUUUUCAUCCAAUGAAUGCUUUACUUUUCCAAUGUCUGGAUUUUAUUUGCAGGUAACAUUACUGACAAGUGGUCUAUGUACAUAGAUGUAUUCAUAAUCUUAAUGGCCAUUCUUUAAAACCUAAAAACUGGAAAAACUUAUAGAUUUAAUUUAAUAGGAUUGGUCUUCAGCAGCAAAUCCAUUUCCUGUUCUUCUACCUACAUCGACUAUUUCAGUAAGAACCUGAAAGUGUUACAAUUUUGACUUGUCUUGAUUGCCACAUUUGAUGGUAGUCCUCAUUUUAAAUCAUCAUUGUAAGGAUAAAAACAGUUUGCUGGAUAUAUUAGCAGUCCAGAAUAAAUUCUACAGUCUAUAUCCAUUUAACUUUAUGGACAGAAAAGCAGCUGUAACUGUCUUACAGGUUGCAUUUAUUUUAC